AUGACCGAAUAUGGUGGAUCUUCUCGCAACUUCAACGAGCGCCAAGGCUCUGGAGGAGGAACCGGUGGCUUCGGAGGAGGAUCACGUGGUUAUGGAGGAGGCGCCGGUGGGUUUGGACGCCAGAACACGGGAAUCCGCGAGCAGCACCACGACAAUCGCUACGGAGGAGAUAAUUAUUCGGCAACGGACGCAGGCGCAAACUAUCGUCGUGAUCAUCAGGAUGCUCGUGACAGUGACAGAAACCGAAGCGGAGGCGGAGAUUUCCGCGGAGGACACGAAAACAAGGCUGGCGGUUUUGACUACCGUCAGGGCGCUGGAGGCGGAAGAGGCGGAGGUAAUUCAAAGAGUAAACUUGCCCAAUUUCUCGAAUUUAGUUCUCAAUGUAUCAUACGUAUUUUCGGAAUUGUUGAUCUUAGCAGACUUGAAUUGUUUUGCAGACGACCAUCGCCGUCGUGGUGACGAUCAGCAACUUCCGCGUGAAACUGGUGCUGGUGCACGUAAUGCGUAUGGAAGUGGCGGAGGUGGCGGUGAAGACCGUUCGGACUAUCGUAGAAGUGGCGACGUCUAUGGGUCUCACCACACUAACUACAAUGACCGUGGAGGACAACGCGACUCGAACAACCGUGGAGGAAGUGCUCGCUACCAGAACGAUCAAUGUUAGUGAAUAUAUCUCUUUUUUAAGGCAUUCCCACAUAAUCCCUUUUUCAUAACAAAAUGUGCCUGUCUUAAACUAAUAGUCAGGCUUAUUUGUUGAUAUUUAAGUAAUUUAUUAGUUAAAGCUGUGGACCCUGCAUCAAAAGCACGUUUUUUCUAGCUAAACCUUCCCAUUUUCAGAUGAUGAUCGCAACACUUCGCGUCGUACUAACGACGACAGUCGCUCGUUUUCCUCUCGCCAGGACGACUAUCGUAACAGCGGAAGCAGCAAAAAUCUCGGAGAUCCGAAUAUCCGCGGUGGCAACUCAUCGAAUCAGUACCGUCAUGACGGCGACGAGCACAACGGCAGAGUUUACCGUCGUCAAACUGAUGAUCGUUCCGGGCAGAACGAUGACGAUCGCAGCCACGGACCGUACAACCGAAACAAUCGUGAGUGGCAGAAUCGCAGUGGGGGAAACGACCGCGGCGGAAGCUGGAACUCUUCGAGAAACGACAACCAGCAAGACGAUCGCAACGAUGCGAGCAACAGAAAAGCCUUCAACAACGACGGUGGAUAUGGACAGUUCCAAAGAUCGCCACCACCACCACCACCACCACAGCAGUAUGCCAACUAUGACAAUAAGCAAGACCGUUCACAAGACGAGUGCACUCCGCGCGAUUGGAUGCCCAAGGACGAGGACAUGAACACGGCAUUCGAGAACGCGGCGAACAGUGCGCAGGAUUUGCAGAUCGACGGCGAUCAGGAGCUCGAGAUUCGCAAUUCGGACGUCAGCGCUCGACUGAGCUCCUGGGCGAACUCGGGUUUCCACCCCAAGAUCAUCGCGAAUAUUCAACGCCUCAAAUACACCCACGUGCGGCCGAUCCAAGCAGCCAUUAUCCCUCAAAUCAUCCAGGGAUAUGAUGUGAUGGGACAGGCGGAGACUUCCGGCGGAAAGACUGCCGCUUUCGGGCUGCCCAUUGUCGAUUAUGUGCUCAAAUUGAGUCCUGCCGAACGGGAGAAUGCGAAGGAUAUCGUCGCGCCAUUCGCACUGAUCCUUGCUCCGACGCGUGAACUCGCCCAGCAAAUAUACCAUUCGAUCAGAAUGUAUGCUGCCAAUACGGAUAUUGUCCCUCGUCUGGCGUACGGACAAAUGGACCGUCGAAGGAAUAUUGCCGAGAUUCGUAGUGCGUGCGACAUUCUUGUCGGAACCUGUGGACGCAUCAUGGACUUUAUUGAAAAGUCCGAGAUUAGUCUGAACUUUAUCAAAUUCCUCGUUCUCGAUGAGGCCGAUAAUCUGCUCGGCGAGGGUAUCACUGGCCACAUCGGCGUGAUUAUGAACGAUUACGGCUUCAAAAGAACGGACAAAACGCGCCAGACUAUUAUGACUUCUGCCACUUUCAACCCACAAAUUGAGCGUCUCGCCGCCGAACUGAUGCGUCCGGUUCCCGGAAUGACGGAAUUGGUCCGUGUGGUGUUGUCGAGAGGACGUGUCAAUCAGAAAGUGCAGCUCCAGUUCCUCAAGGCUCACGGAUUGUCCGGAAAACAGGAUAAGCUCAGAGAGCUGCUGAAAGAGACAAAUGGUAGGGCGUUUAAUAAGUAUUGAGUCUACAUAUACUACACAUUUUCGAAAGUUUCUAGCAUUUUCAGUAGUGAACAAUUCCUGAAGAACAUAACAUUGACAUAUUUUAAUGGAUAUUUUUUACAGCAGAGGGAAAGAUCCCGAAGACGAUCGUGUUUGCCGAACAAAAGUCGCAAGUGGAUUUCAUUGCGGCACGGCUAUCCGCGAAAGGAAUCCAAGCGUAUCCGCUGCACGGCGAUCGCAGUCAGCAUAUGCGCGAGCAGCUGAUCAGACAACUGCGACAAAAUGAUAUCCGAGUGCUUGUGGCGACCGAUGUGGCCGCUCGUGGAAUCGACAUUCCGGAUUUGGAAAGAGUUAUUAACUUCGAUCUGCCAGUAGGAGCUGUCGAUUCGGCCAUCGAUACGUUCAUUCACCGCACCGGAAGAACAGGACGCGUCCGCAACGGAGACGCUAUCUCCAUCAUCGACACUGAAAAUGAGAGGGACCGCAAAUUGCUCAAAAAGCUCAUUGAGCUGGUUACUCAUCAACGUCGCGAACACACCAUUCCGCAAUGGAUGAAAGACGCUGCUUCUCACUGUAAGUGUUUCUCUUGCUUAAAAAUCAACACGAAUUUUUUCCAGGUGUUGAUGACACUGGAUACGGUGGCGGAUUCGGAGGUCGAGGAUUUGGAGGCGGUGGUGCUGGACGGGGAGGCGGAAGAGGCGGAAGAGGCGGCUACGGAAGCAGCCGCCAAAACUUCAAUUUCGGCGGGAAUUCGGGUGCCUCAUUUGACUUCGAUUCGGUCGCAGUGGCUCCGGUCGGAUUCGGCGCCCUUUCCAUCUCGAACAAUGCGUCGUCUACGCCCGCGAACACAGUCGGCGGUGGUUUCGGAGCGUCGAAAGUCGCCACCGGAUUCGGAAAUGAAGAUGAGGACGACUGGGGAGAGGUGACUCCAGCUCCAGUCCCAGCUGCUGCUCCACCAGUCGGAGGUGGCGUCGGAUUCGGAUACGCCAACAAGAUUGCCAGCGAACAAGGAGAAGAUUCAGUUAAACCGUCUGAAGCCAAAAUCAGUGGCCCGAAGCCGGACGAGCCGAAGGAGAAGAAGCUCGGAACUCUUUUGUUCGGAGCGCCAACGGGACUCGAGGAUACGAAAAGCAGCAACAAUGAUACGGAGCAGCCGAAAAAGCAGGAAGAGGAGAAACCAAGUGCCGAGGCUCAGACUGGUGCCCCAGCUCAGGAUCAACGUUUGUAGAAAUGUUCAAUUCCGGCAUUAAUUGUUUCUAUUUUCAGCCGCUGCCAACAACAACGAUGAGGAGGAUCCGGAGGACGAGUGGUAG